AUGGACUGGAUUCUCGACAGCGGCUACCUGCCCCAUGCAGUUAUCAGAGUUGGCAUCCGACGACAGCUCCAAGAGCGUCUCGAUUCUAUCGCAAGCACCUCUCUCAGCCUGGAUUACGAGCGUAAGAUGACCUUUAUCGAGAAGUUACGCACGCAGCCCAUAGCCAUCGAGACUGCUGCUGCCAACAAGCAGCACUAUGAAGUCGGCACCGGCGUGUUGGCCGCAUGCUUGGGCCCUCGUAUGAAGUACUCAUGCUGUCUAUACCCCAAGGGCGGGGAGACGCUGGCACAGGCUGAAGUUGCCAUGCUGCAGACUUAUGUGGAGAAGGCGGAGUUGAAGGACGGCAUGAGCAUUCUAGAUCUCGGCUGCGGCUGGGGGUCGGGCGCGCUUUAUUUUGCAGAGGUCCUUCCUAACUCCAAGGUCACUGCGUUCUCUAACUCUAAGACGCAAAAGGAAUACAUUGAUGGAAAGGCCAAGGAGAAGGGUCUGGCCAAUCUCACAGUGAUCACAGGCAACGUUGUCGACUAUGAAUUUGAGCCUGAGUCCUUCGACAGAGUCGUGUCCAUCGAGCUUUUUGAGCACAUGAAAAACUAUGAGUUGUUGAUGGCCAAGGUCAGCAGGGCUUUGAAAGGAGGCGGCAAGCUUUUCGUGCAUAUUUUUGCACAUAAGACCACGCCGUAUGACUACGAGGAGGGUUGGAUGACAACGCAUUUCUUCACCGGAGGGACCAUGCCGUCUGUUGAUCUGCUUCUGUACUUCCAGCAUGAUCUCAAAAUCCAGAGGCAGUGGUGGGUGAACGGCCAGCAUUACUCCAAAACGUGUGAGGAUUGGCUGAGCAAGAUGCUUGCACACAAGAAGGAGAUCUGGCCGCACUUGGUGGAGACCUACGGAGAGCAGGAUGCCAGUGUAUGGUAUAACCGGUGGCAGAUAUUUUACAUGGCGUGUUCCGAGCUGUUUGCCUAUCACGGCGGCGACAUCUGGGGCAUUGCGCACUAUCUGUUCGAGAAACCAAACUGA